AUGCUGUCGGCCGAAAUGGUGGUGUAUAGCCGCCACGUUUCUCUGAUAACGGUUUUGUUGUUGCUUCAAGCAGGCGUCCUAUCAGCGCAGACCUUUCCCGUCGAGAAAAUAGCCGUUGGAGCAAUAUUUGACCAGAACACUGAAGAGAUCCAGAAUGUAUUCAAGUACGCGAUGACAAUGCACAACCAAAAUAUAACCGGUCGAAGGUUCGAGCUGCAAGCAUAUGUGGACGUCAUUAACACAGCCGAUGCAUUCAAGCUUUCACGACUCAUAUGCAACCAGUUCGCACGAGGCGUGUUCGCUAUGCUUGGAGCUGUGACACCGGAAUCCUUCGACACGCUGCAUUCUUAUACAAACACAUUCCAAAUGCCUUUCGUGACUCCGUGGUUCCCAGAAAAGGUAAUUCCACCGUCAUCUGGUUUGAUUGAUCACGCAGUGAGCAUGAGACCAGACUAUCACAGGGCUAUUGUGGAUACUAUAAUUUACUACGGAUGGAAAGAUAUCAUCUACAUGUACGACUCGCACGAUGGAUUAUUGAGGCUCCAGCAGCUGUACCAAUCCAUGCAGCCCGGCCGUACCGCGUUCCGAAUCUCCCUCGUGAAGCGAAUUAAUAACGCGUCAGAAGCUUUGGAAUUCCUGUUAACAUUGGAACAACACGAUCGCUGGGGCAACAAGCGCAUCGUGCUUGAUUGCAAUGCGAAAAACGCCAAAAGCAUAUUAGUCGAGCACGUCCGAAAAGUUCAAUUGGGGCGCAGGACAUACCACUACAUGCUCAGUGGACUAGUGAUGGAUGAUCAUUGGGAGAAUGAGGUUACUGAGUACGGAGCAGUCAAUAUUACGGGGUUCCGCAUCGUUGACCACUCUAGGAAGAUUGUUCGCGAUUUCAUGGAAGGUUUGCGAAGAAUGGACCCCCGGUUCAAGGGGACUAUAUCGGCAAAAACAGCGCUUAUGUACGACGGUGUCCAGGUAUUAAUGGAUGCGCUUAGUAGAGUCUGGCGGAAGAAACCGGAUGCAUUCAGGAAUGCACUGCGUCGGGCCGCAGCUGGUCAAAUGAACACAACUAAAGUAAUUGACUGUAAUCCUGGGAAAAACUGGGUGGUGCCUUUCGAGCAUGGAGACAAAAUCUCAAGGCUGAUAAAAAAGACGGACAUCGAAGGUCUGACCGGAAAUAUAUCUUUUAAUGAGGAAGGUCAUCGGUACAAUUUCACAUUAAAUGUCGUUGAGAUGACAGUUCAAAGUGCUAUGCUGAAGGUAGCAACGUGGUCGGAUGUCCGUGGUUUACAGCUUGUCUCGCAGAAACACGUUCAGUUAAAAUCACCGGCGUCGUAUGACAUAAAUAGAACGUAUAUUGUGACAACGGUGCUACAGGAGCCUUACCUGAUGCCUAAGCCGUUUGAAUUCGGACAGAAAGAGGAACAAUUCCACGGAUUUUGCAAGGACCUUGCCGAUUUAGUGGCGAAAAGACUAGGAAUUAAAUAUGAAUUAAGAAUAACGAAAGACAAUAGAAAAACUGAGGAAUUGUUUUCAGAAGGUUCUUCCAGAUUAGUCGACGAUAUAGUCAGAAAGGAUGCGGAUAUAGCAGUGGCUCCUCUGGCUGUGACCCCUGAAAGGGAGCGAGUCUUGGAUUUCAGCGAGCCGUUUCUCUCUGUCGAUGUCCCGAUAACUCACAAGAAACUGCACAAGCAACUGAAGGAUACGUUCAGCUUCCUGAAGCCACUCUCAAAGGAGAUAUGGCUAUGUGUUUUAUUUAGUUUUUUUGCUGUGAGCAUCGUUCUUUUCUUGGUCUCAAGAUUUUCUCCGCGUGAAUGGCGAUCGAUUUCCAUAUCCGACACACAUUUGGAUCAUCCGAUAAGCAGCACGAAUGAGAUUAUACUUCAUAACGAAUUUAGUAUUUGGAAUUCGUUCUGGUUUUCUCUCGGCUCUUUUAUGCAGCAAGGAAGCGACGUUGUUCCCAAGUCGUUAUCUGGAAGAAUAGUAGGCACGGUUUGGUGGUUCUUCGCACUUAUUCUAGUAUGUUCGUACACUGCUAAUCUUGCUGCCUAUCUAAUAGUGGAACGUAUAGCAGCGCCAAUGCAGUCAAUCAGCUAUACAUCGACCCUGCCGAAUAUCGAAAAUACGCAAUUUCCAAGAAUUAGUCUGGUAAAAGAACAAAAUCCUUAUGCUGAAGCUGUCCCUAGCUAUGUCUCUAAUCGUGAAGGUCAAUUCUCCUGCGACACUCCACGCGUCUGCCGAUAUAAGCAUGUAUAUUACAGUAUAGCCACCGCAAAAGGAUCGGCGCUGAGGGAAGCCAUAAACAUUGCAAUUGUUAAUCUGAGGAAGGAAGGUCUAUUGACUAAAUUGUGGAAUAAAUGGAUUUCAAAAAUGAAAAAGCCUGACUGUGAUAUUGGCAAUGAUGAGGAAUCGUCUAUAACGGAGAUGACCUUGAGUCAAGUCGCUGGAAUAUUUUACGUGCUUCUUGGCGGAUUGGCUUUGGCUUUAGGUAUUGCAUUACUGGAAUUCUGUCAGCAUGGGCGAGCUGAAGCAACCCGCGCCAAUGUGCCAUUAAGGGCUGCUUUACGUGCGAGAGCAAAAUUCGCUUCGUCCACAAGGGAACGUAAGACUCCUCCGCAGCGAACGCCACAACGCGACCGCGACCGUCUUGGUUGGAACGGGGCAGCCUUCGCAGGGGUCAGUAAGUAUUUCGCCGCUGGGAAUCAGAUCGCCCAAGAUGAUGCCGUGCAUGCAAGCUUCACGCACGUCUGAUCCUCGGA